CUCCACAGCCGCCCCGGAACCGCCGCGCCGGGCCAGGCUCCGACAGCAGCGAAGCAGCGGCGGGGCCGGAUGCGCCCUGCAGGGCAAAGCGACGCCCGGACGUAGGUAGUGAGGGAGCGCCGGAAGGGGCCGGCAGGCCGCGCAGUGCCCGGCAUGGCGGCGAAGGUGAGGCUGUAUGCGCUCCUGCACUCGGCACCCGGGCGCGCCAGCUGUGCCCAGCGACAACGGGAGGAAGAGAACGGAGAUGGAAAGACGCCUCGGGCCGCGGCUGGCAGCAGUGAGCAUUAGGGUAUCCUUUGAGAACGCACUUAAUCCAGAAUGGCUUUGAUUAGCAGAAAAGGUUUCCAGUUCUGUUCAUCAAAUGCACCCACAAGCAGGUCCCUUUUGAUGACCCUAAACAAAAGGUUGAGCUUCCUCUGUGGGCAGCAGAAGCCUGAGAACCGUAUCUCCAUCGCCACGAGGAUGGUGUGCUUCAAAGAUAAACCUCAGUCUGUGCUCUGCAGAAAAAAACAUGUGCAGCUGCAGAGACAGCCUUUUUCUGUUCAUGAGACUCUGCCUCUCUGUGGGGACACUGGGAGCAAUGCUAAAUCUAACGCUCUGUGGAUGGAUGAGGAAGUAUUUUUCAAGAAGCUGAACAGCCUUUGUACAUCAGAAGAGAUUUUCUACUUCCUUAGCUCUCUGGAAGUUAUGUCUGAUACUAUGGCAUCAGGUGCCCUGCAGAGGGUUUCUGAAGUUGAGGUGGAUGACAGCGGUCUGAAAAACCCAGGGGUGUUAGAGAAUGAAGUUUUUAGGGCAUUAUGCUUCCAGUUUGAAUUUGGAUCCUCAAAACUGUCCAGCAGUGGCCUGCUGAACGCAUUGCAAGCGUUGAUGAAGCUACGUGUAGCUCCCCAGAGCACACUGAUAGCGAGCUUGCUUUCAGAGGGUGAGGAAAGGCUAAGGAAGGGACAGUUGUCAGCUCAAAAUCUCUGUGCUCUUGGCGAGAGUUUGCUUGAGUUGAAAAGUCCAAGUUAUGCAACGCUGGAACAAAUUGUGAACCAGGUGCAAGAAAAGGACGUUGAAAAGUGGAGUCCCAGGGAAAUGGUGUUGGUUUAUAAGAUACUGCAGGUGACUGUCAGGGAAGGGAAACACCACCAAGACUUGCUAAACAGAAUGAACAAUGUCACUUUAACUAUAGUUUCUCAGCUAAGCCCAAAGUACACAAGCACGAUACUGAAUUCACUGGUUGUUCUUAAUCAGACCCAGGCAGUUCCCUUAGUCACAGCACUCUGUAAACAUUCUGUGAAGCAUAUUCCAUAUUUCAUAGGUGAUGAGCUGGUAGAUAUAUUGGAUGCCUUCCUCUACUUUGGAUGUCGGGAGCAAAUAUUCACAGAGGCGCUGGAAAUGUACGUUCCCAAGUCUGUCUUUGCUCUGCAUCCCCAGACAGUCAGCAAAGUCAUGCAGUAUUGCUGCCAAAAGCAGAUCCUUUCUAAGCCAAUCUUUGAUGCAGUGGCAGAAAGUUUCAUUGCUGGUGGUGACAAGUUAACUGCUGAGCAGAUUGCUGGGUACAUCGUGCCAUUCGGGACCCUUAAUUAUCUGCCUCCAAGUGCUUCUUCCUUGUUUAGAAAGCUUGAAACCAUACUGCAUGCUCGUCUUAGUCACUUUCAGCCUCACACCUUGCUGAACCUGCUGCACUCUUGUGUUCUUAUGCAACGUUACCCAUUGAAUUUUCUGCCUAAAGUAUUUAGACCCUAUUUUCUGCAACAGCUUCAAGCUCAGCCACCUGGUUUGGACAGAACUGUUACCUAUCAACUAAUCCAUAUGUUUCUGACUGUUACCCUGGAGUGCCCAUUUUAUAAGGGUCCCAAACUUCUUCCAAAGUACCAAGUAAAGAGCUUUGUCAUGCCUCACAGUUCUCUGGAUGUCCACCUCCUCGGAAGAGUGAAGGCUGGAUUGCUUCACUUACUGAAGAAGAGAGCAUAUUUUGCAUCAAAGGUAUCAACACCAUAUUUCUAUAUUGUUGAUAUUGAGAUUAAACUAGAUGAAGAAGGUUUUGUAUUGCCUGCUGCCCAACGUGAAGAGGUACACAAAAGAAUUGCCCUCUGUGUUGAUGGCCAAAGUAGAUUUUGCAUUAAUAGCCAUAAUCUGCUGGGAGAAGAAGCUAUUAAACAGAGACAUCUUCAGUUACUUGGUUAUGAAGUUGUGCAGAUUCCCUUUUUUGAGAUAGAGACUCUACAGAACUGCAGAGAAAUGGCAGAAUAUCUCCACAAAAAACUAUUUCCUCUCAUACAUAGAGACUCAACUGCCAACACUGGAGAAUAAUACUCAAUCACAAGUUGACCUCCUGUACUAUCAAGUGUAAAUAUUGUGCAUGGAAGAAAUAACUCAAAAUAAUUUGAGCUUCUGAGUGCAAGUCCCUCCAAUAUUUGGAACAAUCAAUGUGUGAAGGGUAAUAAAAAGCAACAUAUUUUCUUAA